AUGUCGAGGCUGUUCGACAAGCUCGUUGGUGAUCACAGACCGAGCAGUGGCUCACAGGAGAGUCUGAACGCUCUGAUACCCAACACCGCCGACAUCUCACCAGCAUCACAAGCGCAAGAGAAGAAAGAGCAAGAGAAGGAGGAGCAGGUCGCUGACGGCAGUGGCGUCAAGGAGAAGGAGCAAAACCCGAGUGAAGCAGCGUUGACAGCUGACCUGGUGGGGCUACACGUAAGCGAGCGAUGCCCUCCUGUCACAGCUCCAACAGUUGACCUCGUGGCUACUGAGACUAAAGACUCGAUGCAUCCCUCGUCGUGGUCGAAGAUCCUCAUGUCAACCACAGAAUACUUGGACUUCGUCAAGGUCGAUGAGAGUGCCGUCAGGGUCAAGGAUCGCAAGUGCAGCUGCUUCGUAUUCCGCGACUUCUCCAUCUCACAGUCAGACGUCGUCAAGCUGGAGCCGAGGACGAGGGUCAACAGGUUCUCCGAGAUGAACUCGAUAGCUGGGAACAAGUGCAGCCUCUUCCGCCAACUGAAUCGCUUGCGAAGGAUCUUCCCGUCCUCGUUCGACUUCUUCCCCCCGUCUUGGAACUUCCCGGCCGAGAGGAAGCUUUUCCAGACUGUUGUCGAGCAGCGCAAGUUUUACAUCCUCAAGCCUGGGCAGGGGAGCCAGGGCAAAGGCAUCAAGAUAGCCAGGGGUGACUCGGUGAUGGGAACGUAUGAGAGCAUGGGCGCGUCGAGAUCUCCCAAGGCUACCAACGACAGGGGUCGGAGAGCUCAUCCUCAAGUCUGUGUGCAAGAGGUGAUCGAGCCGCAACUCAUCGAGCAGUGCAAGUUCGAUCUCAGACUCUACGUUAUGGUCUCUUUGCCCUUGUCCUCACUUGCUCCUGACCUCGUCUCCAAGGUUGAGAGCGUCGACCCUCCAAGAGCCUUCCUGUUCCGCUCGGCCAUGUUGAGGAGAUGCAUGGAAGAAUAUCAGCCGCCGCAUGCAGAUGUGAAGAACAGCAAGUUCUCUGUGUUGACAAACACCUCCAUCAACAAGAAGUAUCAGCCUGAGUGGGCCUCCCGCUCUGCCAGCAGCUCCUGUAAGAUGCCGCUGCACACUAUGUUCGAGACUCUGCGAGCAAAGAACAGAAGACGGGUCAGAGGCUUCGACAUCCUGGUGGACAGCAGGAACAAGCCCUUCCUCCUCGAGAUCAAUUCGCAUCCCUCCAUGGCUGUCGAGUCCAGCGUAGACUCUUGCAUCAAGCGUCCUGUUCUUGGUGCGAUGCUCGGACUUCUCUGCAGGAAGGAGCCCGAGACGCUCGCGGCGAUGCUGCCGGAGAUGAAGGCCGGGGGAUGUUUGUCGCUCUACUCCAAGGAUGGGAUGGAGAAGUCGAAGCAGAUCUGCGAUGACGUGAGCUGGGCAAGGAGGCUGGUGGACCCGGUAGCGAUACAGGAGAGCUCUCGAGCUCUGGGGCUCCUCAAAAAUGUUCUCCGGGUCUUCGAGAGCAUCAAACUCCUUGACUCAAAGAACAAGAUCAUCUCCAGCUGGCACCCUUGCACGGCCGGCAACAACUACUCCGCAGCCGAGAGCGAGUCCCCCAGCAGGAUAGGCCCCUACGGGGUCUGGGUCUUUUUCUCAGCUCUGCUGAAGUUGGGGAUGGACGAGGAAGACAUUCUUGAGGUCUUUCAGAUGGCGAGGCCCAAGAAGCGCCCGGUCAAGACCAAGAGAGAUCCUCCUCCUUCCCAGCUGAGCUCCCCCAACGGCAGGGACAAGCAGCAGCAGAAGGAGGAGACGGCUGGUCAGCAAACUGCCUUCGGAGUGUCUCUGCAGGAGCUGCAGGAGAUGACAUGCUCGGGCUGCUGGGGGAUCAGUUUUGAUCGCUUCAUCGAUGGAAUGCUCGACAUCGCCGCCUCGAUCCAGGAGUCCAGCUACGGCGACGCGGAGGACAAGCUCAAGGACGAUGCACAGGAAGAGGGGCUGAUUGCCGAGAUCAUGGAAGGGCUGGUGCUGGCGAUCUCGGUGAUCAUCAACGAGGGUACACUGCCGGAUCACGUGCAACACUUCUUCACGGACUUGUCGUCUGUCCGUCACAGCGAGCUGAGAAACCCCGCGGACUUCUCCUUGUCCAUGGAGGAGGCGAUUUCGCCGUAA